CGAUUCAAUAACGCUAACCAAACACAACGACUAUCUAACACAUUGCAGCAACACGCAACAGCUGGGACUGGAGCCUGAAACGAGUCUAGUCUCUCGCGGUCAAGCUCGUUCAACCAGAACGCCGUGAACUUUUUCCAAAAGAAGGAACAAGCUGGAAGGUUCCUUUAGUGAAGGGAAAUGAUUUUAUCGCCUUAUGUCCUUUUCUCCUUCUCUGGUGAUACGAAUUGUUCCUGAAGAAGGGGAAGCUGUAGAUUGGACGGCUCAUCAAAAUAUUGUUUUCCGAGAUGUCUUGGUAUGUGUGUAAUCGAUGUAUUGAAUGACUGCUAACAUUUUUUUUUGUCAGAGUAUGAGACUUACGUCUAAAUGUAUGUUUAUUUGAAAGUAAUUGAUUGAAAGUGUAUGCGUACACGAUAAUGAGAGGAGUAGGUUAUGUUAUUUAUUUUAAGUUAUGGUGACUUCAGGACGCAAAGACCACGAGGAAUAGCAGUGUUUCUAAUAAAUAAUAUUGGAAAUACAGCAAGUGUAAGCGGAUUUCAGUGUUCCAAUCUCAGCACUCUUACUUUUAUCAUAAAAAGAAUCCUCAUCAUCUGGAUCCAUGCUGCUGUGUCUGUGAUCAAUAAGAGUACUGGUAUGACAAUGGGAAGUGCGGUAGAUUUUAGUUUUGACGAUAACAAAAAACUAAAAAAAAUAAUAAUUAGCCUGUGCCACAGACAAAACUACCGGCGCUUUAAUCCAUUUAGUCAAAAAUUAAUUUCCAGAAAUUUCCAGUUCGGCGGUAAAUGGAACACAUUUCAUCGUUUCUUCCCACUGGAAAAUUCCCAGAAAAAGUGGAAAAUCUAAAAAGGUGGUCCCGUUUUCCUGGUUGAAAUUUCCGAACGGAAUUUGGCUUGUUCCAUUUACACGUUUCUCGUAGUUUGUACCAGUUCCAGGUCCACGGUCGGGCACCGUAAAGUACCAGGGUUUACGACCAAAUGGAACAACUUUUUACCAAUCAGAAAUUCCACUUUUGCUCCCACCAAAAUUUCCGGGUUUUUUUCGUAAAAUUGUAAAGCUCCCUAAACCUCUUGUCAGUCAGUUUACGGAAUAGUGCUGGAAUCCUUGGACACUUCCAUUUAGUCAAAAUUUUUGAGAAAUUUAGGCUCGGUAGAAAAUGGAAAACAUUUUGUCGGUUCGUCCCCCUGGAAAAUUCCCGGAAAAAGUGGAAAGUCUAAAAAGGUAGGCCCAUUUUCCUGGGCGGAACUUUCUAAUAGGAUUUCGUGUUCCAUUUACACAUUUCUCAUCCUUUAUACCAGUUUCAAUAAAUUGUUUCCAACUCGGCAGCCAUCUUGUUGUCUCAUUGGGUAACCAGCUUGGUGCUGUUCGGGGUUUACGAUCAAAUGGAACAACUUUUUACCAAUCACAAAAUCCAUUUUUGCUCGUAUUGAAAUUUCCGGAAAGCGCCCCUUGGGAUGGGAUUUGUUCCCACUUGUAUACCAGGAUCUAAGUACACCAUGACUGGCCAGUUCAAGAAGCCAUUGUUGAUUUGCCAAUUUGAAAUGAGCUUCCAGUAGUUUGUUGAGUCCAUUAAGGCCCAGAACAAGGAUCUUGGCACUGCUUCACAGACAUUACUUACAGGGGUUAGAUUAGUAUAUAUAAUCAAAUGGUGAUGAGUGAGAUUAGGGAACAAUUUCACGUGCUUUUUGUCUCAAUCCUAUUAGGAUUUGGACAAAACGCAAGAGAAAUUAUUCACUAACUUCACGAGAAAUCCAUUUUAUUACCUAUUAAUCAUAGUGGAUGACAAAUUAGGCUCACAAGGUAGGUUUUUUGACAUGUUUAGCAAAUUGAUUAUUGAUUGACAACUCCAAGAUCUGAAAACUUUAGAGCUUAAAUUUUGGCCUAAGUUCAUUAUUUUCAUAAUUUUUCAGCAAAAUAUGUGAUAGAAUCCAUCUUGAUGUGCUCUUUUAUGUGUUUAGGUUUUCUAAGUCAUCUUUUAAUGCUCUGGCAUCUUCAUUUAUCACAUUUUAAAACUUUGCCUCAAUCUUGGCACUGACACAUACGGAACGUUGCCAUUUCAAUUUCGUAACUUCACAUGUGAAAUUAAAAAUUAACACUGAAAUUUUGCACCAAAAUUAACAAGUAAUUUGUCACCCAGGUCACCCCUGUUGUCACUUAUGAUAAUACAUCUGCAACACACUGGCUAACAAAGAAGGGCAUCCCAGGCUCUCAAAUGCCUGCCUAACUGAACUGGAAUUUGAUAAUGGACAAUAUACUGCAAUUGACAACUAAUUCCACUAUCCUUCAGUUUCUCACUGAAACUUAUUUGUAGUCAAUUUGUAGCUUUAUUAUUUAUGGCAUGCAAUUAUUUGUCAAGGCUCGAUUGCUUAUUAGCUGAAUCAUGAAGAUUUUACUGGUGGUGAGGGAUUUGAACCUAGACUACAUUUAUGGGAGACAGGGACCAUCUGCUUUACUCCCCAGAGAUGAAUACCCUUCUUCAGAGGCUCACCACGUAACAACCACUUAACAAUUCAAAUAUUUUUAAAGUCAUUAUGCAUGGGGGGGAGGGGCACAUUUGAAUUGAAUAAGCCAUAAUUAGGGUUGUGGAUAUUGAAAACAGACUUCAUAUACGGUAUAUCUCAUUGUUAUUUUUUACAGGAAGCAAUAUCCCAAGUAAUGCCUCAUACAACAGCCACUGCAUUUGACUGUGAGUUUUCAGUACUUUAUGCUUUGCAUGUCUUUGCUUGUUUGUUGCUUUGUGUUCAAUUGCGUUUUAUUCUUUGGAAACUGAAAAAGCAACCUUUACUGUUAUGUGAUGUGUACAAUAUUAUGAUGAUACAUGUACAUUUGACUUGUAAAGGUUUUAUGCAUAUGAUUAAUAAUUUAUCAUAUUAAUCUCCGUGCAGAUGAAGAUGAAGAAGGAGACAGAAUAACAGUUCGAGGAGAUGAAGAACUCCAGGCUAUGAUAAAUGGGGUAGGUUUUAAAAUUACUUCCAUUAGUAUCAUUAUCAUUAAAUCAUUAUUAGGUAUACUUGCUCAUGUAUGCUGUACCACUACAUGAUUGUAUUAUUGGGAUUGAAACAUUGGAUACAGACUAUAGAUAAUAUGUUACAGGUCAACAUUAAAUUCACCUUAAAAGUUUUUAACCUACAUGUAGGUAGAUUCUCAAUUUCGUUUGUAUCCAAGCCCUAACCCAUGAAUAAUUAGGGUUAGGAGACAAAGGAAAUUAAGAAUCAACUUAGGUAAAAAAAUUUGACCUGAAUAUAAUUUUGACCUGUACGUACCAUUUAUAUUAGCCUGUGUGCAGACGAUAACAAAACUUUGAUUAGUUAACCAGAGUUUAAUUUCGUCUGCGCGCAGGCUACAUUUUUAUAAGUAUUAUUGAUCAUUUCCUUAAAAUGUAAAUAAUCAUUCUCGUAAAAAUUAGUUUAUCUGUAUUUUCUCAGCAUCUUUGGAUGAAUUGUGAAAGGCUCAGAAGAGGAGUUACACUUGAGCCUUUAAUUGUCUAUCCAAAAGGUAAAUAAAAAUUACCAAUUUCAUGCAAUGGACACGGUGUGUACGAAAUGCUCAGUUUUCUUUUAGACUUACAGUACAUGUCUAUACGUGCCCACAGAAACAUGUAUUUUGUAUAGUUAAUAUCAACUUAGUUAAGGAGUUUACCUCCUUUUAGUGCCCAAUCUAUCACCAAGCUUGUUAACCUAUAAGUAAGUAAAACAGGAAGUACAUUUAAAAAUGAGAUCUGCAGUCUGAUGGGUUGCACUAUACACCCAUAAAGUAAAUCCUACUAGAGUUACAUUUUUGUUUAAUAAUUUGUCAUUUUGUAUUUUCAACUGUUUCUUGCAAGACUGUCACAUCAUGACUGUAGCCUUACCGCACAUUUCUAAGCGUGGAAACCUAAAACUGGCCAGAAUAUAAUGUGGCUGUAAAGCUUCAAGACAAACAAGAAUCAGCAAACCAACAGCUUUAAUCUUUUAUCACUACUGGUCACAGAGUACAUGUAUUUAUGAGUCAUUUGAAAAGUAGAAUUAAUGUUAAACAAAAAUGCAGAGUAAGUCAUUAUUUUGUUAUAUAUUUUGGACCAGCUUGCAGGACUUCAAGGAGAAGGAAUUUCUGUGGACUCACUGUAAGCAGAUGCAUAUUUACCUGUAUUUAUGUAUUUAUUAACAGGGGAAGUAGUCGUCAUAAGGCUUCACAAUCAGUAAUGAAAUAAUCUGAAAUGUAUUACAAGAAACAAAUCUUAAAAGACAUCUAUUUUCAAAACCAACUUAAAUUCUUCAGUUUUCACUUGGGGAGUUUGAAGUCAUGGGCCCUAUCUCUAAGAGCCCUAUACUAUUUAAUAUGUUUUAUUAAUAGUUUAUUGAUUCAUUUAGUUAUUAGUUUAUUUUGUGCUGUAGAAUACAGUUUAAUAAGGCCAAGGAAUAGGGGCAACGAGUGUUCUAGCCUAUUCAAAGAUGUCACACUAACCUUGUAAUGAUAUUUUUACAACAUUGAAGGUUAACACAAGAGCUGCUCCAGUAAACAAUACAGUACCUACGGCUGCCAAGCGUGUUCCUGAUGUGUAAGUUGAAAAAUGUUUUGUUGAUUAAGCAUGAAAAAAGGUCCCUCAUUCAGAAAGUAUUUUUUCCUGUGUUGUGGCAUCUUUUAUUGCUUUAUGGGCCAGUCCAUAUAACUUAGACAGUUUUGAGUAGACAGAGGAGACUGAAGCAAAAAAAGAAAAUGGUUUUUAUCAAGCCUAGAUACUGUUUUCAUGUUAAGAUGUUUGGAAUGUUUUACUUCUGAUAUGAUAAAAUAAAAACUUACAAGCUAGCGUGGCUGUCUGUAGUCUGCUCUGUAGCCAUUCUUUGUGUCGUCACACAACGCUCCUCCCUUUGUAGGUAGGAGUGCUGCGUGAUGACACAAAGAACAGCUGUGAAGCAGACUAGGCAAUCUGCUGAAGAUGUUUAUUUUUUUUUCUUGUCCUUGGUGUCCUUACUCUCCUUUUGCUGUUUAUGUAGAUUACACAACUCAGAACAUGGCGAUAUAAGGAGUAUUUUAUCCAAUGGCCAGGUAUUUAGUGGCUUAUUAGUAAAUGGUACAUUCUCUAAGAGGUACAUGCAUUUAUAUUUUCUCUCUUGUUCCUACAAUUUUGCCGUAGCUACACUCUACUUUGAUGGAUUUUUAAAAGUUAGCAACGCACGCGCGGUAGUAACAAUUGCACCGCUAUUGUGCCAUAUCCAUUUCUUAUUCUCUCUUUUAGUCAUACCUUCAAUCAUUAAUUGUCAUUGUCGGGCUUCAAAAGAACCAGAAACCAAUCACAGCGCUUGUAGCUGUGAUUCACAUCAUUGUAUAACUGAUUAUAAUUAAGGAUGUCCCGGUAUUGAGAAUUUAGACUUUCCUUUAUAGUAUUGUACAGCUGUAUGCUAAUUUGAAUGACUCAACACCUCUUAAAAAAAUUAAUAACAAGUUGUUAUUAAUUUUUUGCAAUAUUAUACACAUCCAUAGGUUUCCCAUACAGACAUCCAGCAUCUAGACAUUUUAGGUCAUGGAAAUGGAGGAACGGUUUACAGGUUUGUAUCUUGUUGUUCCACUCAGUCAUGUGAGUUGUAACUCAAGUGUAAAGUCUGGAAAAGAAACAGUAGCUAAACGUUUUGCAAUUUUAACUCACAUUAUUUUUUUCAUCUCUUGAUUUUAGGGCCUUACACACAAGCACAAACAGAAUUAUUGCAGUUAAGGUACUUGGACUUUCGGACUUCGCGUAGAAUGCAUUCGUUUCUAACAAAUCACUGAAGAAAGUCUGACCCUCAAAGUGUUGAUAUCCUGCUGUUUAGCUCUAUUCACCUAUCACACAAUGAUCGGACAGGUUGACGUUUUCUCCACGUUCAACUCUCAAACUCAUCCCCAGGUUGUCAAGUUUUUUUGUCUUUAGGGGUGUUUACAUGAGAAAACUCGCACCGUUGCGAGUUUCAUACCGGGAUGACUUUCUGAUUUCGUAUCGCGUUUACAUGAUGACUGAGUCAUUUCAUAUCUCGUUAUUUGGAGAUACACUUCAUGUUGAUAAAAUACACGUGUGAUUCAAAAUCGCAAACAUUAGGCAUGCGCUACCUGUUCCAGUCUACCAGCAGACCGAUUUCAAACCGAAACGGGUGGACGUUUCGCGUUUACAUGAUACCGUUGCGAGAUUUCGUACUGGGGUGAAAUUCUCGCCCCGGUACAAGAACCGGAGUGAACUCACGCCGGGGUGACUGGCGCCGGCGUGACAUUUUGUGGUGGUAUCAGGGGCUCCCAACGGCAAUUUUCGGGAAAAUAUCUGUUCGGAAGACGAUUUUAGAUCUAGAAUUUUCGGAGCAUUUGUUGUAAAAUGUCUUGCUUGCCUGCCUCUCCUAGAAUUUUCGAACAUCUACAAAAUGGCAUAAUUACCCAUUUUUAACGGAUUUUGACCCUAAAAAAGGCCAUCUAGAAUUUUCGGGAGCCUUUUCCUGGCUGAAAUUUUCGAGAAGGUAAGUUUUUAUCCCUAUAAUUUUCGGAUCACUAGACUUUCAGCUAGGAAAUCCGAACAGAUGAAAAGUUUUUAGGGGAUAAAAAUAUGCCUAUAUCUACCGUUUGAAUACUAAAAUACGUUCAACAAUGCUAUGUUAAGUGGUUUUGAACUAUAUCCUCGUUGGGUGCCCCUGUGGUAUCAUGUAAACAAAUAUAGAGCCUGAGAGCAUGAGAGGGAACCGAAGUGAACUCGCUCCUGGGCGAAACUCGCCCCGGUGUCAUGUAAACACCCCCUUAUUAGUCCCAGAGCGUGCGCUGGUCCGACCUGGGUAUGAACCCGCGACCUCCAGCUCAGCAGAUCGGCGCUCUCCCAACUGAGCUAACCAGGCGGCGGAUAUUAAAAUAAUUAUCAUUUGUAACUCAAUUUUGUAGGUUAUUCCUUUAGAUGUAACUCCAGAUGUACAGAAGCAAAUAAUAUCAGAACUGGAAAUACUUUUUCAGGUAAACGCUUGGACUCAUGCAGUACGAUAUAGCGAUAGCUGUUUGUUAGUUUCUUCGUCUAUUUUUGGCGCCUUUUUCUUAUUUUGGCUUUGUAGCACUAAUCUGAUUUGAGGCGUAUAGAUUGAGGUCUGUUCUAUUCUGUUCUGUGAGCAGUGUUGUUCAUUAAUUUUUGGUUUCACCGUUAUUUUAUUCCCUCUUUUUAGUGUUCGUCACCCUUCAUAAUUGAAUUUUACGGAGCAUUUUUCGUAGAAAAUAGGUAGGUUAUAACCUAAAUUGACACACUACUCUUACAGAUUGGUUUCUUUAACUUACUUCAUGUUAACUCAAUAAAGAUAUGCUGAAUACUCAACUGACUGAUUAAUAAGCGUUGUUUGAGAAAUUUUGAGUUUUCAGAAACAACAUUGCAAAAAAUUUGUUGAGCGUUCGUCAUGCUAAAAUCAGUAUUAGUUGUUAGAUUUGGACCGUGACGGGAGGAAAGUAAACACGUUUUUUGACUCAAGAUUCUCCUAUGAUCAUUAUCUUCUUGAGGAGAGGGAAACGUUUGAAAUUCUACUGAAUGUUCCAAAUAAUUUUUUUUGUGUGUGUGUAUGUGAUACAUUAAACUUACAGCCUCUGUUGAUUUGAUUGCAUUAGUAUUUAACGUGUACGCAUGAAAAAAGUUGUAAGAAAUAAAUUAAUUGUUAAUGUCUUGUUUUUUUUUCUACAGAAUAUCUAUUUGCACAGAAUAUAUGGAUGGUAAGAAUAUCCUACAAUUCGUGGAAUAAAAUACUGAAAUGGUCUGCCGUUUUUUCUGAAUUUUUAUACAUUAUAAUCUCUUGUUAUCAACUCAGUUGAAAUAACCAAUUUUAGGUAAAUUUGUUUUCGGCAUUUUUUUUUCUUUGACAAUUAUUUGAUUACUUCGUGUAACUUGCAGUGGACAUUUAUUCUCCUUUUUUUGAAGCUUUGUUGAAUGUGUCGAGUGAGGCCUGAUGUAUCAAAGAAAUAAUACAACAAAUCGACCAAAGAUAAAAAUGUUGAAAGCUAGUAAUGCGACCGUUUACCAUUUUUGUCUGUAGGAGGUUCGCUCGACAUGUAUGGCUGUAUACCAGAACCUGUAUUAGGAAGAAUUGCAGUCUCAGUAAGUAAACAACAACAAUAAAAAUAUUUGUUUGGGCCUUUUUUGUGCUAUUUCGGGCAUGAGGCCUUUUAUAACAUGAAAACAGGGAAAAAAGAAUGCUUGACUCUGCAUCGGAACAUUGUUGGCUUAAUCAUGCAGCCAAAUCUCUCUUAGCAAACUCGUCUGUAAUACGGAAAACACCUCUGUGUUAUGGAAAGCUCACUUGGUUCCAAAGAUACCAAGCUUUGCCCCUUCGACGUUCGUAGUGACGAGGUUCUGCUGGAAAAAAAUGUAACAAAAAAUCCUCUGUGUUUAUGGAAAUAGACGGAUCGAAACGCACUCAUUACUUUACGGUUCCAAAGAACAUCACCAAACUGACAGACGACUUUCGCGACGUAAUUGACCAAUCGACGUUCGUAGUGACCAUCAACUGACGUGAUUCACUUUGAGUCACUUUGUCAAAAUGUAACAAAAAAUCUGACGUAAUUAACUCUUUCACUCCUAGUGGUAGCUAAAAGAAUUCCCCAAAAAAUCGAAUUUCCUUUUGGCUAGUGGUCUAAAAUGAUAACAGUAUUAUGCAAAAGUUCUACAGAAAAGUUGCCAUUGAAUCGUGACACCUCAGCAUUUCGUCAACGUAUUAUAAUUAGAAAUAAGGCGAUGUCCAUUUACCACAAGAUUCCGGAAAAUUCCAGUUUGGAUGUAUUAAAAUGGAACACAUGUUUUGAGGGCUUUUUACUCGAAAAUUAUUGGCAAUAAGGUGGUCCCUUUUCUGUUUGGAAAACUUCUGCGGUUGAAACGUGUGUUCCAUUCAUGAGAUUGGACAAGGUUUCAUCAGUUCUCUAUUCUGAAUUGAGAGUAGGAAAAAUGCAACUCGUCUCAAAUGGAACACUUUCUUCACGUUUUUGACAUUUCCCUUCUAAAAUGUUUUAGUGCAGUUUACAGAAAACGCCCAUAACCUCGCCAUAACCUGGUUUAGGUGGUUAAACUAAGCUAUUGAAAUGCCAUGGGAAUGUAUGUGUUUUUUUUAGUUGCAGAUAAAUCUCUGAAAAAGUUUUUUUUUGUCUUUUUCGUUACAGGUCGUCAAAGGGCUUCGAUAUUUGUGGGAACUGAAAAUAAUGCACAGAGGUAAGGAUAUGAAUUAAGAUUUGACAAUAUCCACUCAUACGAGUGACGUUUUGUGAAUCAUAGGGAGUUUAACGGUUAGACAUCUGAUGCGUGGACUAUUUAUACGUAAAAUCUGGAAAAAAAGGGUCCUUUGAAAAAUAAAGAGUAUUAAAAUUUGUUAAAACCGUUUUAUAACAAAAAAGAUCGAAUCAAAACAAGCUGUUUGGAUAAACAGGGGUAAUUGCUGCCCCACCCAAAAUUCAGAAAGUUCUCUCUGUUAUCAUAAGGUACUCUUUCUCUAAGAUACGCUCGCUAACCCUUUCAUGUAUUUGAUGCGUUUCAAUCAUACGGAUGGCCAUCUUGUUUUCAGACGUGAAGCCUUCCAAUAUUCUCGUAAGCACUAGAGGACAAGUGAAGUUAUGUGACUUUGGUGUCAGUCGACAGGUAUGUUGUUAUUGGGCUGAUAAGUUGCCUUCCGCCUUACCCUAUGUUCCAUUAAUCACUGUGUUACAGCGUAUAUGCAGAGCCAAAGAAAACUGAUUUCUAACUUACCAAUUGAAGUUACUUCAACGUUUUGUUUCCCCGAGUGAGUUACUUUCUUGUCUGAGUUAAUGAUUUAGUUAGAAGAUGACCUGCCUGGACCCUCUCAUACGGCAAGUGAGUAUGAAAAGUUGCUCGUCUAGGAGGAAAAUAGACCUUUAGAUUUUAAGACGAGUACGACUUCGAGGACGCGAUUUCCUUACCACUAAGUAGUGCGUAAGCGUGAACCAGCGUCAUUUUGGCGGGGAAACUUGGUAGCCGUCGUCAUUCUACUCGAGCUACGAGUUUAAGCGAGAAUGUCGUGAUGGCGGAAACGAGUCAUCGAAUGUUAGAACUUUUAUAAUUUUGCGAUUGAGAGGGGGACUUAACCUCCUUCAACAUAGAUAACAGUGCUAUCUUUUCUGAUGAAAAAAAGUACAAUGAAGCUUUCCGGGGUAUCUAUUCUUUGAGAAUACGCGAAAAAAAACUUUAAGUUAAAUGUCCUUCUCGUAAUAGGCCAUUUGCACUAAGAGGCAUGUGACAUCGUUUUUAUGAAAAUGAAAGUUACAUGAUUUUGCCUUCGAAAAACGAUUAGUGGGUCACAUCUUAAACAAAAUAAUAGCGAUUUGGUUUUUCAAACCCGCACCAUUUUCUUAAAAUGAAUAAGUUCGUAAAUGGUCACGUGACCAAAAUGUGAUUUUUAAAAUUAUGAAUUACCUCUCUCUGAACACAAAUUUUGCACUUAAACUUCAAGGAAAAUGUUGAAAAGAUGAUGUGAUAACGUUUACAGCACAUCUGAGCGUAACUAUGAAACGUUGAACAAGAUAUAAGCAAGAAGUAGUUUUGUCCGCCAUGUUGGACGGCAAAAGCAUGCCCUCCAACAUGGCGGCCAAUACAAAUCAUACUACUUUGCUGAAAAAUCAAAGUGCCAUAAAAUAUCUCCCUUAAAUGCGUUUCCUCUCAAAUUUCGGGUGUAAGAUAAUUUUUGUGUGCUCUAACAAUUUUUGGCAUCAGCAAGAUUCCAACUCAUUGUUUAAAGGAAGCAUUGGUCACGUGACCUCUUAGUGCAAGUGGCCUAUCGUUAUCGCUCUCAAAUCUAAAGGUCUCUAUUGUGUGCUUUUCCUGGAAGGCCGGACGGGACUUUUUUCGAUAUGGAGGAUUUCUCGGUCUUCAUUUAAAUGGUAGCAAGAGUCAGUUUUUCAUUCGAUUUUUUCUUGGUUACACGCAAUACAUGUAUGACAAUACAUGUCUGACAAUACGUAAAGUUGGUUAACUAUUUUUUGAAACUUUCUUUUUUCUUUGACGUCAGCUCGUCAAUUCAAUUGCAACUACUUAUGUUGGAACUCAUGCUUAUAUGGCGGUAAGUUGAUUAUCGUUUCUUAUCUGUUAGUUUGACGUUUUGCAAUGUAGCCUAAAAUAUGAAUAGGUUAAUAGUUAUUGUCAAAAAUGUACGAAUUCUGCGUGUUUCUAUGUCCUAUGCAGCCCGAACGCAUUCUGGGAGAUGAAUACAGCAUUCGAUCAGAGCUAUGGAGCCUGGGAGUUUCUCUACUUGAGGUAAAAAAGCGCCGAAACACCAGUAGUAUAGGAUUAAAGGGAUAGCCAUCUUACCCAAACCUUUUAAUUCUACAUUUACAUUUUCUUACGUCUAAUGGGACGAUAUAAAAUGCACUGAAAUCAGUUAGGGGCAGUUAGUCUGGAAGACGACAUCUUCUGUUGUCGUCACUACCUGUCCCUCUGUCCCCGUGGAUUUAUAUUUAGUUAAACUUGAAUUUUUUUUUUGUAUUCAGUAGGAAUCCGGUCGAACUCGGAACUCGAACUCCCUGCUAACUCAAAUACAGUCCCAUUUCCCUUGGAUUUUUACUCGGAUAACUCGACUUCCCCGCUAACUCGAACGUUAAUUUCCCUUGAUCAAAUUUACCUCGAUAACUCGAAUUCUGGGUCUUACAGGCGGGGAAUCAAACGGCUUUUCUUUGGUUCUAUUUUUCUUCUUUUUUUCCAAUAAAAGUAGCCGGGGGCCACUCUCUUGAUUCAGUACGAAUGCCCCUGAUUUUAAAAUUAGCUCCUCUUGUCCUUUAAUCUGACUAACACUACAGCAAUUUGUUUUUACCUUGAUAAGUACAACCAACAGAUCACGUAUUUGACAGCCAUUUCGCGCUGUUAGCAUAAAAAUGUAUAGUCGUGUUACAGUUUCUGAAUGGAGAUACUUAUUUGAACUCUACUGUACUGAAGUGCUGUAAUUUCAGCAAACUAUCAAUUAUUAACAUGGCAAAUUGAAUAUUCAAUCGACGCCGAUAACUCGAACCUAAGCUAACUCGAACUGUUUUUCAUUUCCCUUCAGAGUUCGAGUUACCGGGGUUCUACUGUAGAUAGUACGUAAUGACAAGCGUCGUCUUGCAAAGAGUUUGGUCAGUUAAACGUGACGCUAAUGUACCUAUACCAGAUAAGGGCAUUAAAACUAAAAAGUAUGCUGUUUUUACCUGGUUAACGCCUUUUCCAGUGCUAAAUCAACCAAAGCUACCGAUAGUUCAGUAGUUUCAUGCAUGGCUAUUCUAAGCUGUAGUGAGGAUGAUUUAAAAGCAAAAUUUUCUUUGAUGGCUGUUUCUAAUCCACUUGAUUUUAAAUCUACUGGUUGAAAUAAAGUCUUUUGUGCAUUUCUAUUGCAGAUGGCCUUAGGAAGAUUUCCUUAUCCAACAGUGAGCACGAUUAUUUUAUUUUUUUUAUCUAUUCUGUUUUGUUGCAGUCGUUGUUGUUUUACUCUUUUUUCCUGUCUUCAUUGUUAAUCAGUCAUUUUGCAGAGGCGCGAAAUUGUUUCAGUGUUCUAGUUUAUCAUUAGUAUUCAAUAACAUACAAUCGUUCUCUAACAUAAUGCUGCAAUGUUCAUUUGACGUAUAAUUAUUUUACAGGAAAGUCAUGGAGGCGCUGAAACCUUUUUGGUAAACUCUUUUUAUUUGUAUUAUAUAAAGUAUUUUUUUCAACAUGCUUUGUUGAAAGGUAAAUUCGGAUAAAAUUAGGAGAAAGAAACAAUUAUGUUUCAACGUUAAACCCAAGUCUGUUACAGAAUGUUGCUUUUUACUUAAUAUCUGUACUUUACGAGCCCAUUUUUCUUUCAGCCUAUCGCACUUCUUCAGUGUAUCGUACAUGAGGUAAGUCAAAUUUAUUUCGCUUUGCCCUUGUUUCCUUGGUACUUAAGGCUUUGAUCUCUUACUAAUACAAAAUGAACUAAGCUAGAAACGAUAAAAUAAUCCUCACGGUGAUUAUGCUAAUGACCGUUGCCGGGUUACGAAAACCUCUCCCUUUAAAUUAUGAGGGUAGGUGCAAAACUUUUCAUGAGUUUUCUUUGUAUUUUUUAGAAUAAAGCUAGCCUAAUUUGAUGCGUUUGUUCGAUUGAUUGAUUGAUUGAUUGAUUGAUUGAUUAAUUGACUGAUUGAUUGAUCGAUUGAUCGAUUGAUCGAUUGAUUGAUUGAUUGACUGAUUGAUUGAUUGACUGAUUGAUUGAUUGAUUGAUUGACUGAUUGAUUGGUUAAUUGAUGGAUGGAUUGAUGGAUUGAUGUCCUGAUGAUUGAUUGGUUCACUGAUUGAUUGACUGAUUGAUCCAUUGAUUGAUUGAUUGAGUGAGUGAGUGAGUGAGUGAGUGAGUGAGUGAUCGAUUGAUCGAUCGAUUGAUCGAUCGAUCGAUAGAUGGAUCGAUGGAUGGAUGGAUAGUUGGAUGGAUGGAUUGUUCGAAUGAUGGAUUGGUUCACUGAGUGAUUAGUUGUUUUGAUUAAUUGCUUGAUCGAUUGAUUGAUUGAUUGAUUGAUUGAUUGAUUGAUUGAUUGAUUGAUUGAUUGAUUGACUAAUCGAUUGUUAGUUAUUGGUACAGUAUCGAUACAUUACUGCACUCUUUCUUUUUAAGAAUGCGCCAUGUCUACCUGCGGAUAAGUUCUCCCCGUCAAUUGUGAAUUUUGUAUCUCAGUGGUGAGUAUUAGUCCUCGCCAAUUUACUGGUAACCACAAACGGAACUAAACUUCUGGGCCGUCUUGCGUAAAGCCGGGUUAAUAUAACCCAAGGUUAAGGUGAAAUUUGAAUACAGAUAUGAAAGCUUAAAAAGGAAAUUCAGUGUAAUCCUCUUUGUCUACAAUUUGAUGAUUGGAUGCUCAAAAAAUAAUGGAGAAAAUUUUCCAAGAAACCCGGGCUAGUAGUAAUCACCCUUCGAACAACCCUGGUAAAGCUCGUCAGCGAAACGGCGCCGAAAUCCUUGUUUUCUUUCCCCACCUGUGUACCAGGAUUUGAGUACAUGAUUGGCCUGAUAAAAAAGCCAUUGUCGAUUUGCCAAUAACGUUGAAGGGAAAUUCGAAACACGUUACCAGUAAUUCGUUGAGUCCGUAUCGGCGCUGCUUUUCAGACGUUACUAAUCGGGGUUACAUUAUGUCUGCGACGCAGGCUAAUUUACUGGUACAUAAAUGUGAAAAGACUUCCUCACCAGAUUCUCGUUGUUCUUUUUUUUCUCAGCAUGCAGAAAAGCCCAUCAGCAAGGCCAACUCCUGAGGCGGUUAUGGUAGGCUCAGUUUGACCUUUUGUUUACCAAUUGCGGUCGCAAAACCGUUGUUGUUGUUGUUGUUAUUUUUUAAUCUCUCUCUCUCUCUUUCUUUGUGAAUGUUAGACACAUCCAUUCAUCGCAUCAAAUGAUGACGGAAAUGUGGACAUUAUAUCCAUGUGGGUGUGUCGUCAGCUAGAACAGAGAAGAUCACGUGACCAAAGCUUGGACUCGCCAACUUCAGAAUCAUCUUGAAAGCUUCCGCCUUCCUUCUUUUUUUAAAUUUUUCUCAAAUGCAUUGCUGAGUUUGAUGCAAGAUGAAGUAGAAACCCUUAGAAAUCAUACUUGCUGAGGAGUUUGUAUUCAAAUACCAGAAGUUUUCUUAUUUGAGCGAUAAUACUUUCUAGAAAUUUGCUUUUCAUUGGGACAUUUUUGAUAUUUACUUUUUUACCUUGUGUUAAAUAAUUCUCCUUUGUCUAGGGAGUGCGUUAAAGAUUCCGAUUCAAGAAUUCUUCCGGUGUUUUGCUUAUAAAUUAUUGUUUGGUCCUUGGAAUCCUUUUCCCUGUAAAUAACUU